AGGCUCGGGCCGGGCCGGGGACAGGAGCCACAUCCCCGGAGCACGGAGCUCGUGUUUGGCCGCUCAGCUCGGUCAGGCUUUUAUGGCAGAAGAAUGAGCGUCUAGGCCUACUCUAAAGUGAGCUGCUGCGGGUGGUGUGUGAUCCAGGUUUGCGUGAGUUAUCUGUCCUGUCUGUUGAAGAAUGAGCUGCUACACAGUGUCAUUGCCAGGUCCUGGGCCCUGGGGCUUCAGGCUACAAGGAGGAAAAGACUUCAAUAUGCCCCUCACUAUCUCCAGGAUCACCCCAGGAAGCAAGGCAGCGAUGGGUAACCUCAUUCAAGGGGAUGUAAUUGUGGCCAUUGAUGGCGUGAGCACCGACGGCAUGACACACCUGGAGGCUCAGAACAAGAUCAAGAUGGCCAACUACAACCUGGCCCUCACCAUGUCCAAGUCCAAACGCCCAGUUCAGCUGGCUGCACCAAGGAUGGAUUCUAUUCCCAUGAUUCCUCAUCAACAGAUGUUCGUCCCGCCUUCUCAGAACGCCCCCUUCUGCCCGGGAGGCCUGAAGGACCCUGCCCACAAGCCCAUCGAGGUGACCGGGCCCGGGGGCAAGGCCACUAUAAUCCACGCGCAGUACAACACCCCCAUCAGCAUGUACUCCCAGGACUCCAUCAUGGACGCCAUCGCAGGACAGACCCAGGCCAAGGGGCAGGACAUGGGCCCUACUGAGCAUGCUCCAGUCCCCUCUGCUGUUAGCGGCUCUGCUCAGCCUGUGGAGCCUGCGACAGAGAGCUCUGACUUUGACCCAGAGAGUCAGUAUGGCCCACCUCCUGCAAUGUACCAAACACCACAAGGCCCGCCCCCGCAGCAGUACCAGCCAAUGCCGCCGCAGUACCAGCAGUCGCCGCAGUACCAGCAGUCGCCGCAGUACCAGCAGUCGCCGCAUCCUCAUGCCCCUCCCACUCAGCAGAGCUCCAUACAGAUCCCUGUUGGCUCUGCCCCUCCCAAGGUGGUCAGCACGGCCUGCAUCUACCCCUCCCAGCCAGCACAUGCACCUGCUCCAGCACCUAUACCACCACAACCCUGCCCCCCUGCCACUGUCCCCGCCCCUCCCCCCGCUGCCCCCUCCCCCUCAAACAGACCUCCAUGGGUGACCGACACCAACUUCGCUGACAAGUUUGACCCCAGCAAGAUGACCACCACAACCACAAAGGUGCCCGCUCUGCCCCAAGCCGCUCCUCCCCCUCCCGCCUUCAUCCCCAACCCCUCCCCAGCUGGACCCCCUGUUCCCAGCCCUGCACCAAUCACACCCAGCCCCGCCCCCAUCAACCCAAGCCCCGCCCCUUUCCUCCCAGUGGCCAGGGGCGUGGCUCAGCGGGCCGAGAGGUUUGCAGCCAGCAGCAGAACACCUCUGUGCGGGGCGUGUAACAGCAUCAUCAGGGGCCCCUUCCUGGUGGCUCUGGGCCGCUCCUGGCACCCAGAGGAGUUCAACUGUCACUACUGCCACAUGUCUCUGGCCGACGUCAGCUUUGUGGAGGAGCAGAACAAUGUCUACUGUGAGAACUGCUACGAGGAGUUCUUCGCCCCCACCUGUGCUCGCUGCAACUCCAAGAUCAUGGGGGAGGUGAUGCAUGCUCUGCGGCAGACGUGGCACACCACCUGCUUUGUGUGUGCAGCCUGUGGCAAACCGUUUGGAAACAGUCUUUUCCACAUGGAGGACGGAGAGCCCUACUGCGAGAAAGAUUACAUCGCCCUCUUCAGCACCAAGUGUCAUGGCUGUGACUUCCCUGUAGAGGCAGGGGAUAAGUUCAUUGAGGCUCUGGGGCACACUUGGCAUGACACCUGCUUUGUUUGUGCGGUGUGCCAUGUUAACCUUGAGGGCCAGCCUUUCUACUCCAAGAAGGACAAGCCUCUGUGCAAGAAGCACGCUCAUGCCAUCAACGUGUAGGCCCGCCCCGAGAGGACAAUGGGCAGGACAAAGCUGCUGUCACUCUUGACAUCUUGUGUUUAUCAAAUCAGGCUAGCAAUGGUAUACAGAAACAGCACUGUGUCAUCUGUAACUUGAUAUGUCAUAAAGUUUAAGGUUUUGUACCAGAAACUGUGGCUGUUUACCAUUUAUAAGUAAUGUACUUUUGAUGCAAAUUGCUGUAUUGGCAGUUUAUCAAUGAACAACUGUUUAAUUUAUUGGCUAAAUGCAUCUAGAGGUUUAUUAUCAUGAUUGAAUGAAAUUAUGCAUAUUAUUACAAGGUGUUAGUUUUCAAGUUCUGAAACAUUCUUGCCUGGUAAAUCCAUAAUGAUAUUUCUCUGUAUCUUUGAUAUAGAGCGAUAUCAGUCUGGUCACCACUCCCUCCAUUGCGUCUCAAACCCGACCAAACAUGAUCAUGCAAUCGGAUUUGUUAGUUUUAGUGACGCAUGUGAAACAAAAGAGCUCAUUUACAAAUAAAAUCACAUCUCUCUCACCUCAGAUUAACAGUUUGGUGCGUCGCUCAUUGAUUCUGCAGAAAUCCAUGAUGUUUUUCAGUCCCUUGUGAUUUUUUUUUUUUUUUCUUUUUUCCUUGUAAGCAGCCAUAUUUGUUUUGAUGUGGACUGACCAUGGAUGUUCCUGAUUGGCUCAUCCACCUGCCAAUUACGCCCAUGUGAACUCAGGGAGAUUCACAGGUGACCAGACUCACAUCUUCAUAAAACAUUGAAGUGUGUAUUCGGGAUCCCAGGCAAGGAACGUACUACUAUGCAGUAACAAAUCAAGCCUUACUUAUCUGCUGGAGACACUAUCAAACCAUAUCACAGUGUCUGCCUAAACAAGAAGAUUCAUAAGACAUCUGUAGUGAUAUAGAAGUGCGUAGGUAAGCAUUUGGAAGUGAAUAUCAUUUAUAAAUAAACUUGUGUUUCAGAGUUUUAAAGGGCAGAUCUGUACAACUAGAUCUGAGUUGCCACUAACAAUAUGCAACAAUAACGCUGAGGUUCAUAUUUAUUUACAGUUGUGAGUGAUAUAUUUUUAAAGCUAAUAUAUUUUCACUGCUACAUUUAACAUGUAUUUUGGCUGUAGCGCUGUGAAUGGCUGAUCUUUUGUAAUGACUCUGUUGAGCUGUUCAUUUGGAUGUUUGAGUUGGAAUGCUUGGUACUUUUUCCUCUUCAAAACCGUGUCGUCCUCUUGUUUGUACAUUUUUAACAUGACAUUGAAAAGACGAUUAAUUUAUUAUGUUCUUAACCUACAAAUGAAGAACAAAAAUUUUUAGAACAUGUACUGUAGCUAUAGGCAAUUGAUAUAGGAAGACCAUGGCGAGUUUGGUGCCUUAGCCCCUCCCCUGUAGACUGACACACUCAGGUCUGAAGUGUGAGUCCCAGUGUACAGUUUUUAUUUGAAUAUUUUAUACAGAGCGAGUGUGUGCAUGUGUGUGUGUGUGUGUGCGUGUGUGUGUCACCGCAUGUUAAAAAACAAUCAUGUCAGUAUUAGUUUGUGCCACUGUCUUGGAAAAGUGCUUUAUUGUUAUCAUUAUGUUUGAGAGUUUGGACUAACUGUUACUGUACUUAUUUGAAGGUGCAAACUUACUAAUAUCAUGUUGUGGCUGAGAAUGGACAAAUACACUUUACACACUGGGUUGUAUUUGCUGCAUUACUACAAUAAAAAUGUGUUUCGCACUGGAGGAUUGAUCAUUGUGUUCAAAGUUUAAUAAAAAAGCACGACCAACAAUUCAA